GAGAGCUCCUGGGUUGGUUGGAAGCCCCUGCUCCACGCUCCACCCCUGGUGUUCCUGGUCUCCAGGUCUUUGUCCCCCGGAACUUGCUCUCACUCCUGGGUGUCCACCAGGGCUUUUUCUGCUCGCAUCUGGAUCCCAGUACAACCUGCAAGCGGUCCAGCGUCCUCUCCCACUGAAACCCUCGGCCUCCUCCGAUUCGGAAAAGAAAAGAGAAGAAGACUGAAGAAACCCAAAUUUUUCCCGAUAACUUUCCACAGCCUGCUCUCCUCCCGUGGUUUUUACGUUUCGUCGAAACUCUGAAGGAGUAGUGAGACUGUGAUUGUUGCUUUCAGUCUCAAAGGGAAAAAAAGUUUUUCCAUGUUUUAAACCCGUUGUUUUGUCGCGUCUUUGUGUGUUUUUCAAUUGAGUCUGGAACUCGACACUUAACCCACGUACCUGUAGCUGUGAAACGUCCGACGUGAACGGUGUUUUUUCGGUGUCUUUCUGCUCUCCCGGCCUCUGCUGCUCUGAAUGAAGUAUCUGUUGAGCCGAAGAAAUCAGCGCGUCUCCAUGAGGAAACUCGACCGUGGACUCGCUGAAACUUUGUCCUAGCCGUGCACACACUCACACCUGAGCGACUUUAACAUUUUUGCGGUUUUCGCUGUUAGGCUUCUUAUUUUUCUGUCUUCGCCUGGCUCAAAAUGAAGAGUUUGUUGGCGCUGUGUGUCGUGUGGACGGUGGCUGUGUUGUCGGUGUCGGGGACUGCGGAGCAAAAGUUGAACAACUGUAAUGAAGUUCGUGCUGCCUACAGCUCCAAAGGCUUCAAUGUUAACGACGUCCCCAACAAAGGAAUCAACGGAGUCCCCCUGAAAGUGUGUCCGCAGGGCUUCUCCUGCUGCACUGUGGAGAUGGAGGAGAAGCUAAGCCAGCAGAGCCACACGGAGAUCAAAGCUCCCGUCUCCAAGCUUAGCACCAGCCUACAAUCCACCUUCAAACAGAGGCAUGACCACUUUGACAAGUUUUUCCGCGAGCUUUUGAAAAACGCAGAGAUCUCGCUGGACAGCAUGUUUGUGAAAACAUACGGGAUGAUGUACGUGCAGAACUCGGAACUUUUCAAGAACUUCUUCCAGUCCCUGACCCAGUACUAUGUGACCGGCAGCAUUGCCGUCAACUUGGACUCCAUGCUGUCGGAAUUCUGGGCCGACCUUUUGGAGAGGAUGUUCCGGCUGGUCAACGUGCAGUACGAGUUCAGCGACACCUACAUGGAGUGCGUCAUUCAACAUACGGAGGAGCUGCAGCCGUUCGGCGACGUGCCCCGCAAGCUCCGCAUCCAGUUAACGAGGUCCUUUAUCGCCGCGCGCACCUUUGUGCGUGGCCUGGCGCUCAUGUCUGACGUGGCCAAUAAAGUUUCCGCGGUCAAUGCCUCUCCCAGCUGUGUGCGAGCGGCCAUGAAGAUGUUGUACUGUCCCUACUGCUCGGGCCAAGUAGCCCUGAAACCCUGCCAGAAUUACUGUCUGAAUGUGAUGCGUGGCUGUCUGGCUAACCAGGCAGACUUGGACACGGAGUGGAACAACUUCCUCGAUGCCAUGCAUAGUCUCGCCGAGAGGCUCGAAGGUCCCUUUAAUUUCGAGUCUGUCAUGGAUCCCAUUGAUGUGAAGAUUUCAGACGCCAUUAUGAACAUGCAGGAGAACAGCAUGCAGGUGUCGCAGAAGGUUUUCCAAGGAUGUGGGACACCCAAAAUAAGUGCUGGCUUUCGUUCCAAACGUUCUGUUAAAGAGUCCACCUUCACCAGCCGCUUCCGCCCUUAUAGCCCUGAAGCAAGACCCACCACUGCUGCUGGAACCAGUUUAGAUCGACUGACAAGUGAAGUAAAAAAGAAAUUGAAGCAUGCCAAAAAGUUCUGGUCCACGUUGCCAGAGACUGUGUGUGUAAGCAAGGGGAUUGCAGCUGGUGAUGAGUGCUGGAAUGGUACAGCGAAAAGCAGGUACGAAUCAGAUGUCAUUGGCAGCGGGCUGGCCAAUCAGAUAUCAAACCCGGACGUGGACGUGGACAUAACAAAACCAGACACCGUCAUCCGCAGUCAGAUAGCAGUUUUGAAGGAAAUGACGAGCCGGCUCAAAGCUGCACAUAGUGGCGUCGACAUUACUGCAGAGAGCGAUGAUGACGGCAGCGGAGAUGAGAGCGGCAGCGGUUGCGACGGUCCGAACUGCGACAUGUACUUCUCUGUUCCACCAUCGUCUGAUAAAGAACAGGGUGGAAGUGAAGUGGCUGGAUCACCACGGGUUAAUCCAGUGCAAAGCAAUAACUCAGCUGGGGUCACCUCACGGGGAAGCAUGGCGCUGGCGCUCUGCGGGCUCACCCUGGCCCUGUUAGCUUCCCGCUUGAGAUAAAACUGGCUGGACAGGGAGAGGGAAGAGAACGACCAGGAGCAACAGCACGAAGGGGAAAACUGUCAGAGAGAAACAAAAAGACUGCCUUCAGGACAUUGGACUGUCCACCGUUGGGGUGGGAGGGGAAGAAACUUCUUAAUAUUACAAUAACCUCACUAUUAACUAUUUGUUUGUAUGUUGUUAAAGACAUCAGUGUACAGCAGUAUGAUUUUUCUUCCCAAGAGAUCCACCUUUGUCGCCCAGAUAAACCUGCCCUCCGACAGCUCUCUCUGAGCUACUUUUUGGUUGUGCUUGCAGCAUUUCACUUACUUUGGCAGUUUAAUCUCAUGAUUAACUUUGUGCCUUCUUCAAUGACUGACAUCUGACAUCUAAGCAUUAAGAAAGAUAUUGGGUCAAACUCUGAGUGCCUGUGUUGGGACACAUCUUUAAAUUUCUGAGGCUGGUCUUUCUAUCGGUCACAAAACACGACUAAUAGAAACAGAACCCACGUGACGCUGUCUUGUUACUAAUUCAAAGCUUUUUUUAAUUUUUUUGCACAUUAUAAAAGUGCAUACUGUGAAUAUUUGUGCCUGUGUGCAUUUAUACUUUUACAAAGGCCAGAAAUUCUGAAGCAUUUUGAGACUCGUUGUUUUGCUCGGUUUGCUUUGGAGGCAGCUCGUCUCAAAAAUGCAGUGAGAGUUUACAGCACAGGUGCUCAUGUUUGACCUGAAGAUGGCGUCGUUCUGUGGAAGAGUCUGCGGGGUGCUCUGCAAGCCCCUAACACGCAUAAUGUACGUUUGCUGCGAGCGUUUUCGCAUCUUAACUUUAAAUUUCUUCAUUAGUAUUUCACUGAACUUCUUUCAGCUUAAGCAGUUCAAUAGUAAGGUCAUACCUCGUGCUUACUGAGUCAAUGUGAUCUAGACCAUGAGGUUGAGUGUCUGAUAGAGUUGGAUAUGUGGCUGAUGUCCCCUGCCAUUAAACCGCCCAAGAAGGCAAAGCUGACAUGUCCCAAAUGCCCUCUUUUUUCUCUUUUUUUUUUUUUGGUACUGUAAGCUCAGUUCAGCACAGAAGAUCUGACUCUAUACAGUCUUAACGUUUGGAAAGAAAAGAGGGCAACAUGCACGUUUUGGGAGCUUUUUAAUUAAACAAGACAAGAGGAACAAAAGUCAGUGUUUUAAUCAAAUGGAAAUCUAGAAAAGAUUAUUUUAAUACAGGGUUUUAUGUUGAGGAGGUGUUGAGAUUUUUAGCUUUUUUUUUUUUUUUUUGGUAUGAAGAUAUAUAUUAGGUACUACAGUGGAUUUUACUGGUAGUUGUAGGUGGUGGAAGAGGUCAGUGUGCACAGAUAAGGGGGGGCGCGCUGGUCAGUGUGCACAGGUUUUGGGGCCUUUGUUUUGUUUUUCUGGCCCCGUCCCACAGUAUACGCUGUACCUCGUUAAAUGGCCUGUGUCAGUAUAAAUGGACUCAUUCUGAAUGGUUUUCGUCAUUUCAACUCAAAGUUAAGUGUUUUCACAAUUACUACCAAAAUUAAUGCAAUGAAAGGUGCCUGAUCAUUUUUUUUUUUAUGUUUGGUACAUUACUAGCAUCUUCUUACGUUUUUUUUUUGUUCUGUUUGUUUUUGGGAAAAGAAAAGAAAGUGGCUGUUGUUGAUGAUUUAUGAUCUAUCUGCUCAGAUUCCCUGAAAGGUGUUUGAGUAUAUUGUUACCAGCUGACAAGCACAAUGUAAGUUUUUUUUCUUGGAGCUUUUCAUUUGAUAAUCGGGUCUGUUAAGUUGCAUUACCUGGACAUCUCAUCUCUACAACGAUGCCGACUCAUGCAGCAUUGCUGCACUAAUGUAUUCCAUGUAUUUCAAACAUGCAUUUAGAACUUACACAUUAUCAAAAAUGCAACAUCUACAAUGUUUCAGUGUGCAGAUUAAGGUGGACAGAAAUAUACAUUUUUGUAAAAGUAUAAUGAAAAGAUUUGCAGCUUUAAUGCAAGUCUGCACGGAUGAUGCGAUUAGAUGGGAGUUUAUUCCUUUGCAUCUUGUCUGGCUUUGACAUUAACAGGUUGAUCUUGAGCUUAAGGGACAUCUUCAGGUUAUCAGUUAUCAUCCGCAAUCAUCAGACGAGGACGUCAUAUCAAGAUCUGACCUUGAAGGAUUUGAUGAAACAUCUAUGCAACCCGUAUGAAAUGCUGAAGCCUUAAUUUAAAAUCAAAAAGCUGUGCUUGAGCAGCUCGAUUUGGCAUUACUUCUGCAGGUGACCAGUUUAAUUCUAGGUUAUUGUUUUUUCUCCCUUGUGUUCCACCAACAUUUCCACAAGGGCUCGUGCACGUGUUCGUGUCAUGUGUGAAGAAGCCCAACUUUUGGAGAGACGGAAGAAAUGUUUUAGGCUGACGAUGGUGACAAAAAUGUCUGUGCUUGCAGGCCAGGGCAGCAACGUUUCCAGCUGGCAGGAGUUGGUCCAGCUGCUGGAAGACGUCCAUUCAAUCCACAGAGCGAGUUCAGUCUUUUAAAGUUGGACUGUUGUUGAAACCUUUCCAUGUAUGCCUUUGGCCCACAAGAACAGAAAGGACUCUCUCUGAGGAUGGAGUGAGUGACUGAAAAGAGUGGGGGGGGGGAGUGUAAAUAAAAAUCAGCGGUUUUAGAUGUCUCUAAAAGAGGCCCUACAAGUACACCAGAUUUCUACUUGUCAGAGUAUCUCCUAAAUGUUAUGGAAAAACAAGAUGAGAUAGAUGUUGAAGUGUAAGAGAAAAUGUAUAUUAAACAACAUUUUUAGUCUUGUUGAAAUAAAGACUGCCAAUAUUUAAA